CCUCCCGUCACUAAAGCAAUAACCUAUUAGGAUUUCUUUUAUUUAAUUUUUUUUGAUUUUUUUUUUUUUUUUUUUGGGCAACUGUCACCCCAGAGCUAAAGAGGGAGAAGCACCGUCAGACCAACUCUUGCCAUUUCCAGUCAGAAGUUGCAGACUUCAUGUAGCUGCCUCUGCUCUGCCGAGAGAGGGACGGGAAUGGUGUGCAGUGCAGAGUGGAAAAUACCCCCGCUCUCAGAAGUGCACCGGAUUUUUCUCUUGCUGUUUGUUUGGGUUGUUGCGUGCCCGUUAGGCACCCAAAGGAUCACCGCUUCACAGGAAUGAAACGUGGAGAGGAUGACUAACGACAGAACUGUGAAUUUGUUCCCUGGAGUUGAUAAUUUGCCACCCCGAAGCAACACAUAUCUCGAGGAGGAAGCGUUUGGCUGCUGCUGAUUUCUCCAAAACUGGUGGUUUACCAGAUGCAUUGUGCUGUAUCUGCUGGAACAGAUCAUUGCUUAGCUGCAGCAGAUCGUCAAAGGUAGACAACUAACUGAUGUCUCCAAAUAAGAAAUGAGAUGUAAUGCAUCCUGCAGUCCAUGCAUGCCUCCUCUUGCAAAUCGCGCAUCAUUCCUCUCUGGAAACCUUUAAGUCCUAAAAUCCGUGGAAAGAGAAUAAAAACAUUAUCAUGGACCUGAGGGAUUUUUACCUGUUGGCCGCUUUGAUUGCCUGUUUAAGGCUGGAUUCUGCUAUAGCUCAAGAACUUAUUUACACUAUUAGAGAGGAGCUGCCUGAAAACGUGCCCAUAGGGAACAUACCAAAGGACCUGAACAUUUCUCAUAUCAAUGCUGCCACAGGGACCAGUGCCAGCCUUGUCUACAGACUGGUGUCUAAAGCAGGGGAUGCACCUCUGGUCAAAGUGUCCAGUAACACGGGGGAAAUCUUUACAACAUCUAACAGAAUAGACAGAGAAAAACUAUGUGCUGGAGCUUCCUAUGCAGAAGAAAACGAGUGUUUCUUUGAACUUGAAGUGGUGAUUCUCCCCAAUGACUUUUUUAGGCUGAUCAAAAUAAAAAUCAUUGUAAAGGAUACUAAUGACAAUGCACCUAUGUUUCCAUCCCCUGUCAUCAAUAUCUCCAUCCCAGAAAACACUCUGAUCAACAGUCGCUUUCCAAUCCCAUCAGCAACAGAUCCUGACACAGGUUUCAAUGGUGUGCAGCACUAUGAGUUGUUAAAUGGGCAGAGUGUCUUUGGACUGGAUAUUGUAGAAACUCCAGAAGGGGAGAAAUGGCCUCAGCUGAUUGUGCAGCAGAACUUGGACAGAGAGCAAAAGGACACCUACGUGAUGAAAAUCAAAGUGGAGGAUGGAGGUACCCCCCAGAAAUCCAGCACAGCUAUCCUGCAAGUCACAGUAAGUGAUGUCAAUGAUAACAGGCCAGUCUUUAAAGAGAGUCAAGUAGAGGUCCAUAUACCAGAGAAUGCCCCUGUAGGCACCUCUGUAAUUCAGCUUCAUGCUACAGAUGCUGAUAUAGGAAGCAAUGCAGAAAUCAGAUACAUUUUUGGUGCCCAAGUCGCCCCUGCAACCAAAAGAUUUUUUGCUUUAAACAACACCACAGGGCUGAUUACAGUUCAGAGGUCCUUAGAUCGAGAAGAGACUGCUAUUCACAAAGUGACAGUGCUGGCUAGUGAUGGUAGCUCUACACCAGCCCGGGCAACUGUCACCAUCAAUGUCACUGAUGUAAAUGAUAACCCUCCUAACAUAGACCUCAGGUACAUAAUAAGUCCCAUCAAUGGCACAGUGUACUUAUCUGAGAAAGAUCCCAUCAAUACAAAGAUUGCCCUAAUUACGGUUUCAGAUAAGGACACUGAUGUGAAUGGCAAAGUGAUCUGUUUCAUUGAGCGAGAGGUCCCCUUCCACUUGAAAGCAGUUUACGACAACCAGUAUUUGUUAGAGACCUCUUCCUUGUUGGACUAUGAGGGCACCAAAGAAUUCAGCUUUAAAAUUGUGGCUUCUGAUUCUGGCAAGCCCAGCUUGAACCAGACUGCCCUGGUAAGAGUUAAGCUGGAGGAUGAAAAUGACAACCCUCCGAUUUUCAGCCAGCCUGUAAUUGAGCUGUCAGUUUCUGAAAACAACCGGCGUGGUCUAUACUUAACAACUAUUAGUGCUACAGAUGAAGACAGUGGGAAAAAUGCAGACAUUGUUUAUCAGCUUGGUCCUAAUGCCUCCUUUUUCGAUCUGGAUCGAAAGACAGGAGUUUUGACAGCCUCCAGAGUUUUUGACAGAGAAGAGCAGGAACGUUUCAUUUUCACUGUUACAGCCCGAGAUAACGGCACCCCUCCUUUGCAGAGUCAGGCGGCUGUAAUUGUUACUGUGUUGGAUGAAAAUGACAACAGUCCCAAAUUUACUCAUAAUCAUUUCCAGUUUUUCGUAUCAGAGAACUUACCAAAGUAUAGCACGGUGGGGGUGAUCACAGUGACUGAUGCAGAUGCUGGGGAAAAUAAAGCAGUGACCCUUUCCAUCCUGAAUGACAAUGAAAACUUUGUGCUGGAUCCGUACUCUGGAGUUAUAAAGUCCAACGUUUCUUUUGAUCGAGAACAGCAGAGCUCUUACACCUUUGAUGUUAAGGCAGUGGAUGGAGGGCAACCUCCUCGCUCUUCUACAGCAAAAGUAACAAUAAACGUGAUGGAUGUUAAUGAUAACAGUCCUGUUGUCAUCUACCCACCUUCCAAUACUUCUUUUAAGCUGGUGCCACUCUCAGCAAUUCCAGGAUCGGUGGUAGCCGAAGUCUUUGCUGUGGAUAUAGACACUGGCAUGAACGCUGAGCUGAAGUACACCAUUGUAAGUGGCAAUAACAAGGGUUUGUUUCGGAUUGAUCCAGUGACAGGUAAUAUAACUCUGGAAGAGAAACCAACUCCUAAUGACGUGGGCCUGCAUCGCUUAGUUGUCAACAUAAGUGAUUUGGGUUAUCCCAAAUCCCUGCAUACUCUUGUGCUUGUAUUUUUAUAUGUAAAUGAUACUGCUGGAAAUGCCUCUUACAUUUAUGACUUGAUACGCAGGACUAUGGAAACCCCUUUGGAUCGGAACAUAGGGGACAGUAGCCAACCCUACCAAAAUGAGGACUAUCUCACAAUCAUGAUCGCUGUCGUGGCGGGUGCCAUGGUUGUCAUAGUGGUGAUAUUUGUCACGGUUCUUGUUCGCUGUCGACAUGCAUCCAGAUUCAAAGCUGCCCAGAGGAGCAAGCAAGGUGCUGAGUGGAUGUCUCCCAAUCAGGAAAACAAGCAAAACAAGAAAAAGAAAAGGAAGAAAAGGAAAUCUCCAAAGAGCUCUCUUUUGAACUUUGUGACCAUUGAGGAGUCCAAACCUGAUGAUGCAGUUCAUGAACCUAUCAACGGGACAAUAAGCCUUCCAGCAGAGCUGGAGGAGCAAAGUAUAGGAAGAUUUGAUUGGGGCACAGCACCACCAUCAACCUUUAAGCCUAACAGUCCUGAUCUUGCCAAGCAUUACAAGUCUGCCUCUCCGCAGUCUGCUUUUCAUCUCAAACCUGACACUCCAGUUUCAGUGAAAAAGCACCAUGUGAUUCAGGAACUCCCGUUGGACAACACCUUUGUUGGUGGUUGUGACACCCUUUCCAAACGCUCUUCCACUAGUUCAGAUCACUUCAGUGCCUCAGAGUGCAGUUCCCAAGGAGGCUUCAAGACAAAGGGCCCCUUACACACCAGACAGGAUUACAUGUACCUCUUGAAAUACUGAGGAUUCUGCUUCAGAGAGAAGACAUGAUGGUGGCCAAAGGUACAUUAUUCAUGUUGUCUAAUGAACAUGCACUGGUAUGUAUUGAAUGGCUAAAGAGUCAUCAGAAGGAAAUUCAAAGUAAUUUUCAACAGUUUUUAUGAAGACAGACAUAAUUUCUGUUGUGAAUAACCCAAAAGUACUUCACACUGUCCAGUUGAGAAGUCUACCAAGUCCUCAUAGAGUAAUGGACUAUCUCUAUGAAAACAGCUGCAGAUCUAAUUUCAUGACAUUUGAAGAUUUAUUUUACCGAAUAAAAACAGACGCCAAGUGUUACAAUGAACCAUCUGAAAAUCCAGUGCAAUUGCAGUCCAAAUCAACGUGAAGCUUCUCCUACAGACACCUAUGGCAUAUAUACAUCAAAGGUGAAUAUAUUCUGUAGGAAUGCCUUUAAACAAAAGCAUGAUAGAAGGCAGAUGAAGUGAACAGUUUGUAAUUCCCAGGUUCCUCCCUAGCAAGCAGUUCCCUGGCUGAAUCCCUGUUGGUCACAGUCUUAAUGAGAGUCAAAACACAUAGGGACAUCACUAAGGCAUCAGCAGUAGGUUGGAGAGAGUUUCUAACUGGAAGAGAUCAUGAGGCACCUCCAAACACAUAUUUCUGAUUCCAUUUGUGUUAGAUGUAUUUUACUUUUUUGUUUUUGGAUGUAAAAGUUCUCAGCAUUGCAACUUUGUGAACCUUUGGUCCUGUGGGAUCUGGGCAGAUAUUUGCAAGAUUUCAGUCGGGGAAACACUGUGCUGAUACAGAGAGUGAGCUGUCAGGUGCAAUUUCCAUGGAUAGAUGUGUAGAACUGUUGCACUGUGCUAGAAGAUAAACUCCUUGCCACCAGUUUGGCUUGUGCCGUUGGUUGUGGCAUGGGUGGGUUCUGCCUGUGCUGGGAGAAGGCCUGUCCUGAGCAUCUCUGUAGGCAAAGCCCAUGUGUCAGUGUCCUUUGGGCUAAUGUAGGCAGCAGUGCAGACUGGUGUGAUGGUUUUUACAGUCCAUGGUAUCUGCUACUACUAGUAUGACCUUUGAAGAGAGGUGAGGGUCAGAAUUAGACACCUAUACUUUCUUUUUCCCUUAAUUCACUUACCACUCUGUCAGAUAUUGAAUGUGUAUCAUUGCUCAGCAUGCAUUAAGAUUUCUUUAACUAAAUUUGUUGAGACUUUUAAGUGUUUUACCAUAAGAGCAUCCUGCUGUUUUCAACACUGUUGCAAGGAGAUGAAGCUAGUAUCACUGUAGAGGACUUCUGAUGGUAUUAUACGUAUUGAAAUUCAACAGAAAAGUCUCAACUAUUUUUAAAACUAGGUUUGCAAAAUUAUUUUACUUUUUAUUUCAGUGUAUUGUUUGGGUUAGGCUUCAGUAGUCUUUUCAAGCUUAAAUGUGAUCCCUUCUGCAGAAGACUUCCCACACCUUAUGCUCAGUGUAGAUCAAAACAAACAAAACUAGCUCAGUGGUCUGGAGGCAGGAUACACUGUACCCAUGGGUGAGUAAGAGUGAUUUAUGCAACAGUAUGCUGAGAUACGUAAGUGAUGGGUGGCAAGCAUGUAGAUCGUGUAAUCGCACUCGUGGUUACUGUUACUGUAGAAAGGAUAAGAUCUUGCUGAGUUUCUGAAGGAUGAGAUAGUAGUGGCAGUACAAUGUUACCCAAAGACAAGUCAGAUCUGGGAAAUAAAGUGUUACAACAAUAAAUAUCUCAGUUACCUAAGAGUUUGUUUUAAAUUUUCCUCUAUUCUGUGAUUGAUUGUAAAGCUUUGACUGUUUGGUUUUGUUUUAUUAUUUUUUUUAAUUUAUUUGCUUAUUCAUUUAUUCUUUCAGAAUUAAAAAUCUAAAUAUUUAGUCAUGUUUUUUCUUAAUUAAAGAUUGUUGUUGAAUAUAUCACUAAAGACCUUAGUGCAACUAAUGAGCAAACAAGCUUUUGUUUAAAGGCUUCACUAGAUAAUCAAUCACAAAUCCUGACUGGGAGCUUGUAGCUGUUACUUUUUCAUGUCAGUAGAAUUAAACCAAAGUUUACAGCUUUAAAUUAAUCAAGCUGAUGAAAGGCUGGGGGUUUUUGUUGUUUUUUGUUUUCCUAAAGAAUAGAUAAAUUUGACUUCUGUCUAUGUGGGAAAAGUAUGAUAGGGAUAUACAUGAUCAGAGAUAGGAAUCCUGCAGCUGUGUGCAUAUGAGAGGGAGAGAAGAUCCAGGCAGAGAGAUUACUUUGCAGUGUAAAAAUGUUGAAUUCAAAAGAAAAGCACUGGUGUUUACAGAGAAUGUUGUAUUUAAUGAGAGCAGCCCUGGAAAGGAAUGCUCCCAGUAAUCUCUCUUUAACUGUCUCAAGUGGAAGAAAGCCAAGUUGUUCAGUUGCACAAUGGGUUGCAAUCAUGUGGGAGAGUUCCCGGUUGGGAGUUGAAAACUGAAAACCUGACAUGCAUAAGUGAAUGAAGCUACACUAUGUGAUGUGUUGAUUUAAGAUUUUUCUCUCCCUCCUUAAAAAUACAGCCUUUGUCUAGGUGCUGAAGAGGCGACAUUGCGAGACACAAAAUUAGUUUAAAAUUGACAUUUUGGAAAUCGGCGAUAAUUUGUCCUGACGUUAUGGCCACUGGUUGUGUUUGUGACAAGCAGGCUUGAUCCAAGGGGGCACUGUGAGAGCCAAAUUUAAUAGACGACCAUUGUAAUUUUCUGCCUUGCAGACAGCAGGGACUUUCUAAUGUUCCUUCACCACAACAGUCAGGGAUUACUAAAUAACAAGUCCACAGGAUUGGGGGAGGAUUGAAAGGAUUAAUGGAGUAUGACAAAAUUGCACCUGAGGGGGAAAAUCUGUAGCAGUUUUUGUAUCCUGAUGUGGUACAUCAGGCAAAUUGGCAAUUGCUACUGAUCUUUACACAUGCAUGUCUUCAAAUAAAGUGAGUGAAAGUCAAGCAGAUGCAACUAUGAGGCUAAGGCUGUCAUAAACAUUCAUGUCAUCAACUGCAUAAAUCACUUAAUACUAUCAUUUUAAGUAUUUUGAUGAUCAACUAUAUUAAGCAUCAGUGGAUUGUAGGCACUGUACUUAAUCAUUUUUUCACUCUACUAUAACCUCUUAUCCUGCUAAACUAAAUCCUAAAAAAGAUUAAAAAUGUAGGGUUAGUCCAACCCUUUUUUUCAAAGAUAAAUAAGGAAUACAGUUUCUGUUUAGGAAUACUGUUUUCAGCUUUAGAACUUAAAAAAAAAAACAAACAAAAACAAAAACAAAAACAAAAACACCAAAAAAACACCAAAAAAACAACCCAAACAUAUAAAAAUUGUUUUGCAAUCUGCAUUCAUGAGCUGAUCUGAUAUUAACUAACUCCCACUAUCCCUCUGAAAAAUACUAUUUCAAAACAACAGUAGCAAUCCUAGCCCUCAGUUCUUAUGGGAUAUUAAUGGAUUUUUUUUAAUAAAAUGUUUAGCACUAUGAAACACAAGCAGUUUGAAACAUAGCAGUUUGUUUACAGAUACUUGAUUUCUUUUCACACUGGUUUAAACCAAAAAUCCCACCACUGGCAGCAGUGAAUUUUACAUGAAAUAGAAACAAGGAGGAGCAAGAAGACAAUUACUCCUCUUUAUUUUUAAAACUCAAUUUUAUUUGAAAAGGUACUUAAUAUACAAUAGACAUUUUUUAUUGCCUCUCUAAGAAAAACAUAAACUUGGGAGCAUUAUUUUGGCUUCAUGGAAAUUUUACCUUGAUGUUUUGUUCCUAGUAGCUGACUUAACCUUUAAAUCAUGGUAGUUUUCUUUUCCUCCCUGUUUGGUAUAAACAGUCAUUAGGGAAAAUAGCAACUGGUGCAAAUGGUUUAACUUUAAGUAGGUCUACACAAGAAACAGUAAAUUAAAGCAGAGAAGUCACAUACACACAGUUGCAAUCUGAGGUCAUCUCUCUCUGAUUGUGAAUUGUUUAAGGAAAUGUUUCUUCAGCAGCAUUGACUGAAGGUCAUGUUGUUAUUUACACUUUUGACUAGUGGAACAGCAAACGAUUCAUUAAUUCCAUUAGCCAUCCUUUCUGCACACUGGGAAAAGCUAAUGUAAUUGUCAGCUGUUCCUCCUGUAUACUUAAGCUGUCAAGGAUCCUGGAAGGCUUCAGUUAUUCUCUUUGAAGAUAUCAAAGGAGGGGGUGGGCUAUUUGGUGUAUUUAAAACAGAAAUAGAGAAAAAAUAUGCCACAUAAUGUAAGCUAAAAGAUUUCUUUUUAACCUAAAGUGACACUCAAAUACAGUAAUGCUGGGCAGGUUUCUGACUGGUAAAGCUUCUGGUUUCCGGAGUGCUUUGUUUGGUUGGGUUUUUUUAAUUUUUUUUUUUUUUACUUGCUAUUUUAAGAAAAAAUCUUAUAGUACAGGCUGUCAGCAUGCCAUUAAACCUGUCUUGUCUCCAGGAGCCAUGCCAGGGAUGUCUUGUUUCCAUUCCCUUCAGGUUCCUGAGGCAGUUCAGUCUCACCUGUGUGCUGUUGUGUGUGGUGGACAGGCGAGUGUAGCAUGACUGAAGUCGGUGGGCUUGCUGUGCUCUUCUUGCAUGGAUAUUAGGCAAAACUGUGGUGCAUAUUUUUUUCAUAGCUUGUCACCGUGAAGUUUCUUAGUGGACAGCAAAAGUGAAAAACAUCAUGCGGAUCUGCAAAAUUAUUGGUAUUUCUUCCUGCUGUGAACAGGGAUGACAGCGGAAAGCCUAGUCUACUGCAUUUAGCAGGAAAAAGCAGAGAGGGGUUCCAGGGACAGUAGUCUAAAGUGGUUUGCAUCUGAACUGCAAUGUCUGCCCUCCAAGAGGUCACUGCUGUAGGUAGUGUUCUGCAGACAGAGAGUACUUUUUUUCUCUGUAGAAGAGACAGCUAUACUGGAAAGGCAGUAAAGCUCCUUGGUGCAAGAUACUUAAUUUUAACUUUGGUUAAAAGAGGAAGUAGGUAAGCAAAUCCAUGUAGGGUGGAUUUUUGCAAAUCCAUGUAGGAUGGGUUUUUGUCCGCCCUGAAAAGGAAAAAUGUGCUCUCUUCUGCAAAUCUUAACGUCCCAGACAUCCUUGGUGGUGGUUAAGACUCCACCAUCGGUCAUUACACGUUUCAGCAUAUUCCUUUUAUUCUGCAAUAAUGAAUGCAAAGCUGUCUUGUCCUUUGCAAAUACUUUGAGCUGUUCAGAUAGCACGUUGCAGAGUGGUUGGACACAAAUCACAUAACCCUACUGUGCUCUGUUUGAAAGGAAAAUACAACUUUUAAUUCAUUGUUGGCAAACUAAUUUUCUGCUAUGCUUUUCGCACAGUUUUGAGUGACAGUCCCACACCCUCAGUACAUAAUUUCUUUAAUUGCAAUGCUGAAAACUUGACUUUCUCUUUAAAGAUUUAUUUUUUCAUCCUGAUUGUGAAAUAAUUAGUAGUUUACUGCUUACUCUUUUGUCCUGAAAAAGGAAACACAUUUUGCAUACUUCUCCAGACAUAACAUUGUCACUGUGUGAUGAUUUUUUCUCUAAAACAUGAAAAACAGUAGAAAAGGAGAUCUAUCUGUUGGGAAAGUUUUGCUCUGUGUGUGAUAUAUAGUAAUGAGUAAUCAUAGAUGUAAAACAGUUGAUGUGACGAUUUCCUAUAUAAUGAUGAUGCAGUAGUUAGUAGCCACAGUAUACUAUAUUACUCCUGUUAUGUAUUUUGGAGGUGGACGCUAUGGAUUCAUAAUACGGUUUAACUUGUAUAAGUAGUAUCAGUCCAUCUGAGGGAUAUUCCUUCCCCAGGUUGAGAAUUACAAAUUUACAGUGUUGAUUUUUUUGAACCUUAUGAGCCACUACAGAGUGGAAAAUAUUUAAGGAUAGCAGUGUAUGUGCUUCUGUAUGUUACUGAGUGUUAAAAUAAGCAAUCAGUUGAUUGUUAAAUAAACCAAUAUAUAUAUAUAUACAAUGCAUUAUAUUUAUGCAAAAAAUAGUUGCAAAAAUCAGGUGAAAUGUUUCACUUUUAUUGUAGUAAUAGGCACCAUUGCUAUGUAUUUAUCUAUGCAUAGUUUAGGAGAGAAGAAGAUGCUGUCAAUGAUUCUGUAAUAUUUUCUUCAUUGUAGUGGCUAUGGAGUUGAAUAAGAAUUCACUGAUAUGUAUAGUAAUGAAUCUUUAAAACUAUAAUUUCUAAUCAGUAUUGGACAGUGCAAAUGAACAGAUGUCCUUUAAAAAUGGACUUUUGUACACUUUGAGUAAAGAAUUGCCUAAAAAAAGUAUAAAGUAGUUGUACAUUCAAAAUGUAUUAAAUUCCAUUUUUCCUUUGCUAUAUUUUGUAAAAUGUUUUCAUUGUAAACAGUAUGCCUCUCACACAUGUCAAAUCAAAGCUCUUUAUUUUAGAAAUAUAUACCUAAUGUAAUUGGAAGCUUAUUGCACUCUCAUGCAAUGUAUAUAUUGUGACUUCAAAAAGUCUGUACUGAACUUUGCUCAAACUACUAGUAUGUGGAUUUCUUUAAAUUUAUUUUUAAUUAAUGAUAUGAAGGAUAAGAUCCUUUCUAAAUGUACUUUAAAAUUCACAAUAAAGUUUCAGAAGUUCUUUUGUACAA